GAAGAAACAAAGAAAAGAAAAGACACGGCUUCAUUUUAAUUGAAUUUUCUCCCAUUCCCCUUUAAAUUCCCUAUGCCCACGUAUUGGAAAGCAACAACUGAUAGAAAGAACAAAAGUUCAUUACAAAUUCUCUACACUUCUCUCUCACAAGUCAAUCUCAUAUUUUACCGAGAUUCUUGAACGCUCUUCAUCGACAAAGAAUGGAUGUAAGUGAAUUUUACUUCAGGAGGAGCCAUGUUCCAGCAUUUGGUAGCUGGGAUUGCAAUGCUGGUCUUCCAUUUACACAGUGCUUUGAAUCUACAAGACAAGCUGGGGUUUUCAGGAAUAGCUACUCCGAUGAAGACCGGGAUUUGUACGUCGCCGGUGAUUUGUAUGAGAAUGAUAUUGUUACUCCAGCCAUGAUUGUUGUUCCCCGCAGCCGAGCAAAAGUAGGUUAUCCUCGAGAAAAAGAAGGGAGAAAGGAAGAAGCAGCAUGGAUGAUGUGUGAUUAUGACAGUGACAUGAAAUCUCCUGUCACGGCAGCGCCACCACCAAGACCACCGCCCAAGGCGGUGGAUGAAGAUUUAUACAAGAUUUCACCGGAGCUCCUCCGUGCACAAACCAAAAGGAAGAAGGCACGGGGUUUCUUUUCAAGCUGCCUGCGUCCAUCUCGUGUCUGUUGAAACUGGUGAAAAGCUGAUGGGAUUCAGGAAAUAUAUGCAAAAAAAAUUAUAUAAAUAUUUAUAUAAUUAAUUAGUGGUUUUUAAUAUGGUUCUUAUUGCGUGCUUAGGCAAGAAAUUGUUGGCUCCAAGAAGAUACUAUCAUGUGAUAACGAUAAAAAUUAACAAUUCCUGUUGCUUUAACUGUUUGAGGGAACAACAUUGGCAUUUGGGACCAAAAAAGCUUGUGAAAAAAGUUAAUGUUUCGUAUUAUAAUUAUACAAUGUUUGCAUGCUUA